AUUCGUCUGUCGGGACUGCAUCUCUUGGUUUCAGUUCCUUCACAAUGAAGACCUUUGUAUAUUGGUUCGCGCUUAUUUUCGGCAUCCUGGAGUGCACUGCCAGACGUCAUCAUGGUUCAGAAAACGAUAAGCUGCCUGUUACACUGUACUAUGAGUCACUUUGUCCAUAUUGUAUGGCCUUUGUCACAGAGCAGUUAAGUCCGUCGAUGGUACACCAAGAUCGUCUUCCCUAUACCGAGCUGACUCUGGUUCCCUAUGGCAAUGCCAAGAAAAACAGCGCAGGCAAUGUAACAUGUCAACAUGGCGUAAACGAGUGUGAAUUAAAUGCCUGGCAUGCCUGCAUCCUGGAGCACCAUAACAUCUCGGAGUCACUGAAGCUAAUCGCCUGCAUGAUGCGCGGUCACAAGAUAAGGCUUGACAUCUGCGCCAACCGUUACAGCAUCGAUGUGACCGCCGUAAAGGACUGCAAAAUGUCGCGCAGCUUGGAUGAUAUAUUGGAGAAAUAUGCUGAGGCGUCCGACAAAGUGACAUAUAAGGGAGUGCCAGCUAUAACUUUUGAUAAUGUUUAUGACGAGGAUGAACAGGAUAACACCUCCGAUAACUUUGAUACAGUCUUUUGUGCCAAAUAUGAAGCCAAGUUUAACAAAAAACUCCAAAGUUGCUUAUAAAGUUUAAUAUGUAUAAUAGCAAGCUAUCAAAUGAUUCUUAAGAAAUAAGGAACUCAUUCAGAAAAAACUAUUUUCAAACUAUUAUCACAUAUAGUUGUUUAUAAAUGCUGACGAUUGCAAAUAGACAUGUAUAAAUAACAUUUAAAAAAUA